AUGGCUGCUCCUCAGGCGCGACUGCUCCUGUUACAUUUCCUGUUUCUCUCAGCUCUUCUCACUCUCUUCCACGGGCCAUCUCGAGCGGAUUUAUUAAAAGCCACCAGAGAUCCCCUUCAUUCCGUUCCAGCAGCCGUUGAUACUGACACCCCUCGCCCAUCUGAUGGCGUUGCGACUAGCACCGCGUCCUCCCCACCACCUGCUCCCUCCGCCCGCGCUGCCGCUCCAUCCGCUAAGCCUAGCUCGGCGUGGGAGCGCGCGAUAGCAGCGCUGAAGCCCGCGAUGUACGGCGCGGUGGCCGCAAUGUCCGUCGACGCGGAGAGCGAUGUGCCGACUGAUGCGCUCCGCCCCCUGCUGGCGCCCGACGUGGUCGUCACGGCCAAGGUCCGCCUGCUGAACGCGGCGAAUCUUACCUCCUCCGGGAUAGUUUGGCAAGGGCUGACCUGUCCUUCGAAUGGCACGCUGAAGCCGCCCUCUCCUACCGCCGCGCUGCUGUACCUGCGGUUCGAGCAGCGCGCCGAGUCGCAGAACUCGGCGACGCCUCUGACGUCGCGCACGUGGCCUUUCUCCGGCUCGGCGCAGCCCUCGCCCGUCUACGCCGCUCCGCUCGCGUUCCUCUCGCCCAUCGUCUCCUUCCGCCUCUACCCCGCUAGUGGCAGCAACACGGCGCUGAUCAUGGGGAUAGGCAUUGGCGUGGGCCUCGCGGUGUUGCUCUUGGCUGGCAUUGUGGCGGCGCUCGUCUAUAUCUGGACGGUCAGGCGGAAAAAGAAUGCGCAAUCACAGCCUGAGGGGAAGACCCGCAGAGUCAACGGGUUCCGCCUUUCCGCCUACGCGGAAGCCGCGUCGGAAAGCGGAAGACCAGCAGGCGGAUCCGCGGGGCAGGCGAGCGGAAGAGCGGGAUCCGCGGGCAGGGGGGACUCGUCGAGCGGGGAAUUCGUGGACACGCGCAUUCAUUGGAGCUCCCCGGACGAGGGUUGGGUGGGCGGCAACAGCAGCGGGUUCAGUUCUGAAGAGGAGAUCGAGGCGCGGUCGAACGACGCGGGGCUGCGCACCGCGAUGAGCCGCGAUAUGCAGCUGCUGAUUAUGUCCAACUCCAACAACCACUACACCGUGCUGGGUGUGUCUCCCCUGGCGGACACGGACGACGUGAAGGCAGCGUACCGGCGGCUGUCGAAGCGGUUCCACCCCGACACGACGCGGCUGCCGCUGGCGCUGGCGGAGCAGCAGUUCGUGCGGCUGAACCAGGCGUACGAGGUGCUCUCCAGCUCCGAGGACCGCCGCCUCUACGACUGGAAGCUAGCACAAGAAGCAUCUGAUGCGCGUGGCGGGCGGUUUGUGUGGCCGUAUGAGGUGGACCGCACCCAGAGAGGAAUGGGCUCACGGGACCCUCCCUCCCCUGUGGGCAGGAGAGGCCCUGGGGAGGAUGAGAAUGACGUUCCACUUUCAGAUGGCUCGAUCACAGCGCUUGCAUUUGAUGCAUUCGCUGUGCUGAUUGCGGUUGCUUGUAUUUGUUAUGCAGCCUUUUUCAAGGGGAACUGA